UGCUCGACCGCUCGCGUCGUGUUUGUACGUGUCGCUGCGUAAAAGAUUACGACCGCGCGUAGUCUCCGACGAACAUAAAAUUAUAUAUAUAAAAAAAAUAUAUCAGUUACAGGUUUCUGUGUUUCGCCGCAUCCCAAAGGGAACGUUCGAAGUCAACUCUCACUAACUGGAUACGCUCUGUUAUUCCACGUUUAUUGUUUAUCGUUAGCAAGUGCAAAAUGUGAUGUUGUGUGUGCUCAACGAGCGUGCCCGUCCCGUCCUGUGUAACGUUGUCCCAAAGUGAACUAGAUGGAUGUAAUGUGCUUCUAAAUUCGGAGUUAUAAUUUUUUAGUCCUUCGCACCCGGAUACUUUUCUGCAAGAUACAGCGGGGAUGAACUUCUCGUUCCACAGUAAUCUUUCCUGAUCUCUACAUGACUCUAGAGAUGACUCCGAGCCCCGAACCGCGGUUAUGUGCAACUGAUGCCGGUAGCCAACGAAACUCCAGUUACGUCAACAGGCGAUCGGACACAAUGACAUCUAGUUAUAGCCGCAGUCAUAGAAUAUUCACGAUGGCGCCGCUGAGCUUCGGACGGCGAAUAGCGGCCUUCCUCACCUCCAAUACGUUUGUGGUAUUUUUGAUGUCCCUUGAACUUCUCGCGUGCCAAAGUGGAGCAGCAGCUCUGGCGAAUUGUCCGAGUGGAUGUAGCUGCAACGACGACACGCUGGUGGUAGUUUGCGAAGAGAGCCGGCUCGAUGUCCUCCCCAUCGCUCUCAAUCCCUCCAUUCAGCGGCUCAUCAUCCGCAACAACAAGAUCAAGACAAUCGACAGCUCUAUGCAAUUCUACGCAGAACUACAACACCUCGACCUCUCCCAAAACCACCUUGUCAACAUACCCACAAAAAGCUUCGCAUAUCAACGCAAACUCCAAGAGUUACACCUGAACCAUAACAAGAUAUCCUCCGUCACAAACACCACUUUCCAAGGAUUAAAUUCAUUAACAGUUUUGAAUUUAAAGAGAAAUUUCUUAGAAGAACUAACAAACGGCGUUUUCUCUACACUACAAAGGCUCGAGGAACUCAAUUUAGGACAAAAUAGAAUAUCUAGGAUCGAACCUAGAGCUUUCGCUGGAUUAACAGCAUUAAGAAUUCUUUACUUAGAUGACAAUCAACUAAGUUCAGUGCCUACCACUUCAUUUAGCUUAUUAGGAAGCCUGGCCGAGUUGCAUGUAGGCCUUAACGCUUUCACUUACUUACCAGAUGAUGCUUUUGCCGGUCUGAAUAAACUGACUGUUUUAGAUUUAAAUGGAGCUGGACUUGUAAAUAUCAGCGGCAAUGCUUUCAGAGGACUACCAGGAUUGAGAAGUUUAAAUCUAGUUGGAAAUAAAUUGAGUGUAGUGCCCACAAUCCAGUUGUCUGGAUUAACAAGACUAGAAGAACUAUACAUCGGACAAAACGAUUUCUUGACUUUAGAAAGCCACUCGUUUAAGGGUUUGAAAAAUCUGAAAUUGUUAGAUAUCACGGGUACCGUGCAACUUGAACGAGUGGAGAAGGGAGCUUUCGAAGAUAAUGUUAAUUUGGAGACGGUCAUUUUGGCCAAUAACAAGAAACUGGCCGUUAUAGAAGACUGCACUUUGUUGGGCUUACCAAAAUUAAAGCACGUAUCGUUAAAAGACAACGCUAUUGUAACAAUAAGUGAAAAUGUUUUUGUUGGCAAAGAAUUAAGACAACUAGAUUUAACAGAUAAUCCAAUCUUAUGUGACUGCCAAAUAAUGUGGCUUAGAGAUCUAUUAUAUGACAGAAGUAAUUUCACACAAAUACAUUGCGCUUCCCCUGAACACUUGAAAGACAAGAACUUGAGGAAUCUAAAGGCCGAUGAUCUCGGUUGUGCGCUGCCUGAUUCACGAAAACAUACUAUUAUUGGUUUUAGUAUAGUCUUACUCGUCGCCGUGCUCUUUACACUAGUCUUCUUAAUUUAUAAAUACCGUAAGAGUAUGCAGGAGAAACUAAAAGAUUAUAAAUGGAAUAAGGGACGCAAAAAUCUUGAGUACCAUAAACCUAUAUCUACCGAGGAAGAUUGCAUACUAGAGCUUUACGCCUCGCCGAGCGUGUUUUUCAUGUCAGGCGGCCAAGGCUCAGCACGGCGGCCGCAACGUUCGGGAGGCGGCGGCACACUGCCCGCCAACGGAUUCACAUACAUCGGCGGCGAUGCGCGACAUCAACCGCUCACACUAAACAACGGGGCACCGGCUCACCACCUCAACAACGGCUCCUUACGUUCUCUUCCAGAUAAAAAGAACAACCGGAACGGCGUCGUAUGCCACCCGGAGAACUUCCAGCGGAAUCUCGACACGCGGUAUUCUCGGAAGCAAGAAAACGGGUACAUACGUAACUCGGAGACGAUAAUUGGUUUUCCGAGAAACGACAGGGAAUAUGAGAGGGAGCACUCCGAAUACAGCGAGCCUGAAUACUCCAUCAUACCGGAGAACGGGUACGGGAGGUCGAUCGACGACUACCCGCGCUCCUGUAGUCAUUCCAACACCUUUAACUGUUGAGGACUCCCUGUGAACUCUUUCAAUCGUUUGUGAUCUUGUAAUUCUAGCAAUAAAUCUUCAUUCCAUUAAGUUUUUCUAUGGACGGAACCAGUGUGAUGGGAAUGUAGUGCUCUAGAGCGGUUAGUGAAAUUAGUUAUCGGACUCCGGUGUACGUACGACCAGUGAGGACUAUCCCGUAUCGUAAUUCGGUUAAAAGAGUACCUUAUUUGUAAAUUAUAAAUUUAAGUAGUGAUGGAUCUAUUUUUCAAUGAGACGUUGGCGUAUGAAAGUGAGACUUUCAUAGAGAAAGGUACAGUACGUACGUUGUACAGACUAGUCGUGGUAAGGUAGCGGAGCCCCGCGCGCGCCACUGCGGGGCUCCCAUAUGAUUGUACAUCAUACAUUUGUGAUUUGUAUUUUUUUCCACCGGUUCGGUGGAGUUUGUAUUUGAUUUUGUACAAAAAACCAUU